AGCAAAGGAAACCAUAAUCACUGAAAAUGAAAAGUACAACGUCCAUAUCGUAAAGCGGAGGUACGCUGUGACUCAGACAUCGCGCACUGGGAAGCCUGCUCUGUGCGUUCUCUGGCCUACUACUGCAGCUGCGGCUGGGAUUUUCUUGAUCCACUUUCACAAUUUGGGAAAAGGGGUCAUUUCACGCGCACAAACAAAGUGUUUUCAGUAUGAAUGACACUGGUCAACAUGCAAAUGAAAAUGGAACAAUGCCAGUGUGAUUAGGCAAUAUGUCCUUACUCUCAGUAAACUCAUCCACAGGUGCCAGAUUUGCUAGAAAGUAGAUGGAAAAGCAUCACCUGUCAACAGACAGACACUUGGCUUUGACCCUGACUCCUCCUGUCUCAUCUUUCUGUGGGUUAAAAUCUAAGCACCGCAGUUACUCACUUAUCAUUCCUAGAGACGCCUUAGAGAUCUGACCCUGGAGGAUCAGGACCUGCCUCUGCCUGACAGGGACCCACGAGGCUUAUGGAACAAUGUGUGUACGAGAAACUCAGAUUGGUGUGUGGUAGCCAGAGUUAUUGACACAUCUGUCUCAAAAUGGAUGCAGGUCUGUCUGACAUCUGCACAUCCCCACCAAGCCCUGAUUUUAGUCUGGAUUCAUCCAGUCCGUUUGCAAACGGACUACACUUUGAGUCCAUUCUGUUUGAAGAUGAGGAAGAGGAUGAAGAUCCGGUGCCAGUGUCUCAGCCAGAAAGAGACUUGUGUGGGUCCACGAGCGACCUUACAACAAAUACAAAUUUAAAGACAAAAUUGGAUGGCAAGUCUAGAAGUAAAAAUUCAAAGGCUCACUCAUCCCUGGAGCAAGAUGUGGUCCUUCAGGAUAAGACUAAAAGUGAUAGUGGGCUCUCUACUCUUGUGAGCAGGCCUGGUGGGAUAUUAAUGAAGCAGAGGAAAAAAUCAAAAACAAAGACUCUACCGCCAGUGAAAUAUUUAGAGGGUGAAGUAAUAUGGGCUAAAUUUAACCGAAGACCAUGGUGGCCAUGUCAGGUGAUUGUUCACCCACUUGAGGGAGUUUAUCACAAAAUGAAAGAGCCACCGGAUAGGACAACUCGUCAGUAUUUCCUCAAGACAUUUGGGGAACCUGAAGAACAGGCAUGGGUUCCCGAGCGAUCUACUCAUAUAUUUGUUGGUGGUUACCAGUUUAACAAUCUCCCUUUUGUGAAAGGAAGUGGACACCAAAGAGACAAAAACACCAGGCACUCUAUACCCAAGCGUUUUCUGAACUCUUGGAGUGUUAGUGUGGUUGCAGCAGAAGCACUUCUACUAGAGAAACCAAGAGUCACUUCUCCAUCCCCAGCCUUCAAAACAAUUUCAGAAGAAACCAUAAAUAACACUGAAGUCAAAGUGUCUUUACCAGUGGAUUUACCCAACAGCAGUUCUCUUAUCAAUGGACCAGUUAUACAAAAAGACCACUUGAACAACUUACCACAUAAUCGCAAGUCUAAAAACAAAAAGAAACCAACUAUAACACACUUCAGAAUAUCUGAGGAACUUAAUUGCGAAAAGGGUACGAUUAUGGAUGCCCUGGACAGUCCAUACUCUGACAUUGAUUCUGUGCCACAGAUCCGCAGAUUCCCCAAAAGCAACGAACAGAUAUCCAAUCACUACAUUAUUAAUAGUAAACAAUCAAGCUCAACCCCAACUUUGCUUCCCAGUACAAAUGACAAAGAAAUAAAGAAGAAUGUGGAGAACCAAGGUGGCCUUUGGUUCAGCAAAACUGGUAAAGGUCAAGUUAAUGGUAUUAGUCGUGCUGGAAUUAAAUCUGUGAAUUGUUCUUUUGGGAAGGUAUCUUGUAAAAUUAAGAUGCCAGAUUCCGCAAGCAUGAAACCCAAGGACAAUCACAACACCGGCUUUGAACAUCUGUCUACCGAAGCCAAGAAAGCUUUAGAUAGGAGAGUGAAGUGCCUUCCAGCAAGUAGUCGCCUUAUGACAAGAGCACUGAAGGCAAUGGAGGACGCAGACUGGAUGAAGAAAGAGUCAAGCUCAGAUCUUGAAACAAAAAAUUGUGUAUCUUGUUUUGAUUCUCCAUUACUUGAAACAUCUGAUGUAGACAACAGUAUCCCUUUACAGAAGAUGCCAACUGCUGCAAUCCAUGAUCUGAGAGAAGACUCCAAAAUUAGCACACACGCCAAGCUGUCUUCAGAACUUUUAUGUUGUAAAGAUGAUGAGCAUUCAGUCAAAUCUGAAGAUGAAUCUUCUUUAGUAUCUCAAGCACCCGUUGCCUUUCAUUCAUCCAAAAGCAAACAAAAGAGUCACGUUAAUGAUUUAUCCUCCAGUCCUACUCCAUCUUUGCACUUAAAUCUGGAAGAUAUGGACGACAUGAAUGAAAUAUCCUUCAAGUCACUAGCAAAUGAACACAGUGGCCAGCCAUUGUCAUUUCAUCCUGAUUCAAACUAUAAGUUCAGUACAUUCCUGAUGAUGCUUAAGGAUAUGCAUGAUAGCCGGGAAAAAGAUGGAACUGCUUUAGUAAUAGAACCAUUACCCACAACUGAACUUAUCAAAGAGGAGCCGUUGCUGAAUUCAGAUGUGAAGGAUGAGAAAGCAACAUCCAAGCAGAAGAAGGUAAAACCGAAGACAAAUGUGAUGCCAGAAAAUCACCUAGCCUCUACUAGUUCGAAAACCGCUCAAAGAUCUAGCAAAAAAAUAAGUUUGAAAAAGAAAACCACUGAUGUAAAAGCAAACAUCGACUCCAAAUCAUUUGGCAAACUGAUAUCUGAACACAGACUUCCUUCAAAAGAAGCAGAAACCAAUUUCACAGCCAACGUGCCCAAAAAGCGUUGGCAGAAGUUUGACCAAGUUUGUGAAAAAACGGUACACAUUGUCGAAGGUAACUGUGUUCACAAGACAGAAAGAGUAUCCUCAGAAAAUUGUAACGUUUCAGUGGAUGGUACAAACAAGUCUUGUUUUCUUGGACCUGAAACUACAAGCAAUGCAUUGGAAAGCAAUCAAGGCAACUGUCAAAACACUGACGCCCCAGCAGAAUGCAAACGAAUUAGAAAACCUAGUAAACGACUCAUUGAAUGGACAGAAGAAUACGAUCAGUUGUUUUCUGCUAAGAAGAAAGCAAAAAAGAAACCUGAGUCAGUUACUAAGGUUGAAAACCACAACUGCAGUGCACCAGUGGAGAAAACAUAUGAUGAAGGUAUACAGAAGCCUCAGGUAACAGAACAAGAUGUUUCAAGACCUCUGCAAGAAUUACAAACUCCUCCUCCAGAAGACCAGUCCCAGAGCACUUCUUCAAUAAAUGGCGCACCAUGUCAAGAGAGUCAAGUGUUGUCUGUAGAAACACUGACUCCACCUCCUGAAAUAAUCCCAUCACCAUGUGAUGAUAUUUCCAAUAGGGACCAGCUUCCAAGACCAAAUCCUGUAGCCAUUGGUGACAGUGUGUGUCUAAGCUCAAAAAGACAGCGCAAACCCACAAAAAAGAUUCUAGAAAGCUCCAUUGAAGCGGAACCAAUUCUCGUUCCUAAAAGAAAGAUGAAGUCAAUGAAGACUUGCUCAUCUGGACAUUCUACAAAUUCAGGAGUGGAACAGCAAUCAUCGAAAAGUAAGAAUAAACUGAGUUCUGAGUCCAGUGAUCCACCUUCUGACCCAAUGCUAAAAAGCCCAGAGAUGGAGAUAGAAGUUUCCCCUGCAGUGCCGCAAACAAUCAAUGCAGAAUCAGCAGAUGAUGGUUCAGAUACUCUCAGAUGCUCAGGUUCAGAGAUGACUGAAUCGAGUGGCUUGGGUUCUGAAAGAGAAGAAAGUUCACAAUCUGACGAAAGACUCUCGGAUAGUAAAAGGCUCUCAGAAAAGAAAGGUGGCAGCACUUCAGUCAAGGAAAAUGUGUGUCCGAUGUGUGAGAAGCAGGGAGAUCUCCUCUUGUGUGAAGGCCAAUGCUGUGAAGCGUUUCACCCACAAUGCACUGGCCUAAAUGAGGCUCCUGUAGGGAAGUUUUUGUGUCAGGAGUGCACGUCUGGUGUACACUCAUGCUUUGCUUGUAAGCGACUGGGUGAAGACGUCAGACGCUGUAUGCUUUCCGGAUGUGGAAAGUUCUAUCAUGGGGAGUGUGCUGCCAGCCACGCACCUACAGUACCUCUAAACCGAGCCUUUCGUUGCCCUCUUCAUGCCUGCCUGUCAUGUUUUAUCCUAAACCCUACCAAUCCAUCUGUAGCUAAAGGCCAGCUAACCCGCUGCAUCAGAUGCCCUGUUGCAUAUCACUCCAGUGAUUUCUGCAUUCCUGCUGGCAGUGUCACACUCACCGACAGCAACAUAGUGUGUCCAAAUCACUUCACCCCAAGAAAAGGCUGCCGCAACCACGAGCAUGUCAACGUCAGCUGGUGCUUUGUCUGCUCAGAAGGAGGUAGUCUUCUGUGUUGCGAGUCCUGUCCUGCGGCAUUUCACAGAGAGUGUUUGAAUAUCGACAUGCCUGAAGGAAGCUGGUACUGCAAUGACUGUCGUGCAGGAAAGAAACCGCACUACAAGGAGGUGGUGUGGGUGAAAGUGGGCCGCUACAGAUGGUGGCCAGCUGAGGUUAGCAAUCCCAAAGACAUUCCCGAGAAUAUCCUGCGCAUGAAGCAUGAUGUUGGAGAGUUCCCAGUUCUCUUCUUUGGCUCCAAUGAUUACCUUUGGACUUACCAAGCACGCGUUUUUCCUUACAUGGAGGGUGAUGCCAACAGUAAAGAGAAAAUGGGAAAGGGAGUUGACUCUACCUAUAAAAAAGCUUUGGAUGAAGCUGCAUUAAGGUUCAAAGAACUGCAGGCAGAGAAAGAACUGCGGCAGCUUCAAGAGGACAGACGCAAUGACAAGAAACCUCCACCAUACAAACAAAUUAAGGUAAACAAACCGAUUGGCAAAGUGCUGAUAAUCUCAGCAGACCUUUCUGAGAUUCCUCGCUGCAACUGCAAAGCGACAGACGAGAACCCUUGCGGUAUGGAUUCAGAGUGCAUCAACCGCAUGCUGCUGUACGAGUGUCACCCACAGGUGUGUCCCGCAGGUGAGCGCUGCCAGAACCAGUGCUUCAUCAAACGCCAGUACUGCCAGGUGGAGACCUUCAGGACACUGUCUCGAGGCUGGGGGCUGCGCUGUGUGCAUGACAUCAAAAAGGGAGGAUUUAUUAGUGAAUAUGUUGGAGAGGUGAUUGAUGAAGAAGAAUGCAGAGCCCGGAUUAAACAUGCUCAGGAGAACAAUAUUGGCAAUUUCUACAUGCUUACAUUGGACAAGGAUCGAAUUAUUGAUGCCGGGCCCAAGGGAAAUGAAGCCCGUUUUAUGAACCACUGUUGUCAGCCAAAUUGCGAGACCCAAAAAUGGACAGUCAAUGGAGACACACGUGUUGGGCUUUUUUCACUUACAGAUAUCCCUGCUGGCACAGAGUUGACAUUUAACUAUAACCUUGAAUGUCUGGGCAAUGGGAAGACUGUCUGCAAGUGUGGUGCAUCUAAUUGCAGUGGAUUUCUGGGAGUGAGACCAAAAAACAACCCUCCAUCAGAUGAUAAAGGCCGUAAGCUGAAGAAGAAGCGCAAAUCCCAGCAGGAAGUGAUCAAGGAGCGAGAGGAUGAGUGUUUCAGCUGUGGAGAUGGAGGACAGAUUGUGUCCUGCAAGAGACCAGGCUGUCCUAAAGUUUACCACGCAGACUGCCUCAAUCUCACCAAGAGACCUGCAGGACGUUGGGAGUGUCCUUGGCAUCAGUGUGACUUGUGUGGACAGGAAGCUGCUUCCUUCUGUGAGAUGUGCCCUAGCUCCUAUUGUGUCGAACAUCGAGACGGCAUGCUUUUCAUAUCCAAACUGGAUGGGCGACUGUCAUGCAGUGAGCAUGACCCCUGCGGCCCAGAGCCCCUGGAGCCUGGCGAGAUUCGGGAAUACCCUGGAGAACUAAGGCCAACCUACCCUAUAAACAUCAUCAAAUCUGCCAAAAACAAAUCCCAGAUCCUAAACACCCCUAAGGCUCUCCCGCAGUCUUCUUCUCCCUCUGAUGUAGCCCCUCAGGUCUCCUCCAGCCCCUCCUGUAGCCCUCCACCACUCACAAUCUCUUUAAAUGGUCCAUAUUCCCCCAUUUCGCCGUAUGAAGAAAAAAAAGAAGAGGAAGAAAGUGUGACGCUAUUAGAAAAGAAUGGGGAGAAGAGCGUAACUCUAGAUAAAUCAGAACGACUGAGGAUAAAGAAGAAAACCGAAGUAUGAAGGUUGAAACUGUUGACUGAUCUGGAGGUUCAGUUUCCCAAUAGUCCUCUAUACUAGCCAUGUUCUUGUUUUUUGCUGAAGGUGUUUCGUGUGCUUUGAGUUCCAGUCAUCAACCUUUCAUUACAACAUACUUGAAUAUGCUCAAAAACAGUUUGCGCCUCAUUCCCUCAAUAUCUCUUGUAAAUUGUACAAGAUGAAAAUGAGAUUUAAGGCACUAAUUUCAACACGUAUAAUGCGGUUCCCACUUUGUGCAGCAUCAUGGGAUGUCAGGAUUUUGGCCAUUGUAAGGACUCAUUCACACAGAACGCGUCUUUGUGUCUAAAAAAAGGCAAAUAAGAUGCAGUGACAAAGACUGUAGAAUACACAAGACAUGUCACUUGUAUCUUUUUUAUUGGGAAAAGUGUAAUCAUCAAUAUGGCGAAUAAAACCCCGCCUACUAGUACAGGGGCCAAUCAUCAAUCUCUAUAUGGUGGAAAAAAGCCCGCCUUCUAGUACAGGAGCCAAUCAUAGACCAAUAUAGACUGAUGAUAUUCUGGGGGAGGGGCUUGGACCAGACCUGAGUUACUGCAGAUUGUGUGAUAUUGAUGUUAGAAAUGAAACUAAAGAGACAGAUGUUGUUUAAUUUUAUUGGUGAUUCCUAAUUUGAAAUUCAAUUGUAAGCUUUGCACGCAAUUUUGAUGUUUCCCCAUUCAAACGGAAUGCCCGAGCAUACUGCCCGAGAGGCGCUUCAGAGAUGGCGCAAAGUCAAAUGACUUGCCUUAAAGGGAAUUUGGCAGUGAUCAAGAAUGAUUUUUUAAAAAAUCCCAAAUGUUUGCCCUUGCCCCAAGCUCUUCUCAUUGGACCACUGCUUUGGAACUGAUAUCGAUGAGCAGUGCUGUGUGCAAAAUGUAAAAUUACUUUAACUUGAACAGCAAAAAUGUGUUUACAUUGUAAAAUAAUGGAAAAGUAGUCCACCGGAAGGGAAAAACAUGUUCUGUGUGAAUGACCCCUAACAAUAUUUCUUGCUACACUUGGCAAGAUGUUGAACAUCACUAAAAAGCAACAAUGAAUAAAAAAAUGUAAAUACAGUACUAAAGGAAGGGAAAUGCCAUUGCAUUCUUCAUCGAGUCAAAUACUAAUGUCCGGUAGUGUUACCAAAGCACUUGCAUUUGUGCUGUAGAUUUGCUCUGUGAGCAAAUGAAACAGAACUUAAGCUUAGGUUACCCUUUUCUAUUGAAUAACUGGUUCAUAUAAUAACGUCCAAAGUAUACUUCUGUAUUUGUGCAAAUUCUAUAUUCACAUUUGAUCUUUAAUCAUACGGAUCAUGUCUAUAGACAAAAAAGAUGGAUGAAGUGUCUUUACUUUCUUCCAUGUUUAAGAAGUGAAGCCAAAAUAACCCAGGGAUGCCACUUUUGAAUGAUGACCAUAAAAGUUCCUCACACAACUAUGGGUUAUCCCCACUUGCGUAUUAACAAGUGUCAAUAUAAUAAUGCGCUCACACUAGAGCAUGAGCAUGCGAAAUUCUGUUGUACGGUGCUGUCAAAAGGGGAGUAAACAUGAUUGGACAUUAAAAAAGAUGAUUGGACAUUAAAAAAGUGAGUGAUGGGCCCAUAUUUUAAAUUUCUGUACAGAGAGGUCAUGCAGUUCAUGGAGGAGAGUCAAACUAAGUCAAACUUGUUUCCAGUGUAUGUUGGGCUCCGACAGAGCUGCCCUUUGUCACCAAUUCUGUUUAUAAUUUUUAUGGACAGAAUUUUAAGGUGCAGCCUUGGGCUGGAGGGGGUCCGGUUCGGGGACCACAGGAUUUCCUCUCUGUUAUUCGCAGAUGAUGUUGUUCUGUUGGCUAUAUCAAACAUGGACCUUCAGCAUGCACUGGGAUGGUUUGCUGCCGAGUGUGACGUGGCUGGGAUGAGAAUCCAAGGCUGGGUUCUCCAAGUCCAAGGCCAUGGUGCUCCACUGGAAAAAGGUGGUUUGCCAUCUCCAGGUUGGAGGAGAGUCCUUACCACAUGUGGAGGAGUUCAAAUAUCUUGGGGUUUUGGUCAUGAGUGAGGGAAGGAUGGAACGUGGUAUUAACAGGCAUUUUGUACAUUUGUACGUUCUGCACCUGUGUGAUAGAAUGUAUCUUUGCAUACCAGCAGGUGACAGUAUCAGUAUUAUAAUUCCACAAAGGGAAUCCAGAACUUGUGCUUCUUUGUGUUUCCUCUUGACUUAUGUUCUUUGCUUAGUUUAGACUCUUCAGCUUUUAUUGUCAUGCUCUGAUUCAUCGCUGAACAACCAAUCAGUGCAUUCUCUUUCACAGAUGGCCAACAUGCUGAAUGUUUUUCAAUUGCCAAUGCAGCUUAACAUAGAACUUCUAGUAAACUGAAACUGCGUCAGUCCAGUUUUCAGAGUUGUAGUUUAGUUGAGUUCAGUGUGGUUUAGUUUUCACUGCUGAAAGUCUAAACACUGAAGAGCAAAUCCAUUGAUGCGCAGCUCCACAAGUCCCAAAACCAAGCAAGCCAGUGGCGACAGAGGUCAAGGAACAAACUUCACCAAUUGACGAAAGUAAAGUAAAAAAAAAACCUUGAAAGAAACCAGGCUCAGUUGGGUACGAUCAUUUCUCCUCUGGCCAAACUUUCUGUGCGGAGCUGCGCCGGAGGCUGGAGAUUAUUUUUAAACAAAUUUUGAGAAGAUUAAGUGCUUAUGAUUGAACACAGCUGGUGCCGCAUCAGUUCCGUAUAUUGCAGCAAUCAGAUGAAUACCAACACACUAAAUAAUCAGAGUUUAAAUUCCAGUCAUCUUUGUCUUGAAGAAUCUCCCCUUUCAACCUUACUCCUCCCCUUCUCUGAUAGGGUGGCAUGGCGGCCCAGUGGUUAGCACUGUUGCCUCACAGCAAGAACGCAGCUGGUUUGGCCCCUCACCAAGCCGGUCGGUGUUUCUGUGCAGAGUUUGCAUGUUCUCCCUGUGUUCGCGUGGAUUUUCCCCGGGUUUCCCGGUUUAAUCCCACUGUCCAAAGAUAUACACCAUAAGUAAAUUAACUACUCCAAAAUAGCAUCUUAAGACAACUCUUAGCCAGAUUUAUCUCAGCACGUUCUCAAGCAGGGGAGUUCUUGAGACCUACUUGAGCUCAAACUCUCCUCUCGCCCUUCAAACGGUAGGGAGCCCUUGGCUCGAGGAUAUUCUGAGCUCAGGGCCUUCUCCGGGACAGCAUGCCAAACACGCUUCAUUAUAAAUUAUCAGCUAAGUGUGAAUUCUUGAAAGCAAUUAGAAUAGGCAAUGUGAACUGAUUAAGAUAUGCCGCAUAAUUAAAUGCACCAACCUGAUUUUACCAAGUAGGACAUGCUCCUGGAUUAACAUCUAUGUUGAUCCUGGAACAACAUUCCAAUCAGAAUUAAGGGAUACGUUUACAGUUUAUGUUAAGUUUAGGCUUAUGAUUUACAGUUACGGUUAGGAUGGUAUGGAUUACAUUUUCCAACAAAAAUGAUGUUCAAGGAUCAACACAAGCCGUGUCUCGUUUCAGAGGCUGCAUCCUCUGAAGGAUGCAUUCGAAGUGCGCUGCGUCAUUCAUUGUGGCGCAACGAAGGCUGUCUCAUUUUUAAAAAAAUUCGAAGGCUCCUUUAAACGCAGCCUUCAAAUGCAUCCUUCGUUUUCCAGGUAAUAAAGGACACAACCGGUGGAUCGUUCGCGGCCUGGAACGUCCCAAGAUUCAUUGUGCGUCGAUAACAGCAGGACACCUUUUAAAAGAAAAGUCCGGUUGAAAUGUAAUUAAGUUUAGUUUACUAGGAUAUCUAAACACAUGUUAAUAAACAAAAAGAGUUUACAUGUUUAUGUGUACAUAAAUGGAUCAAAGGAAAUAUAUUUCAAGCUUUUGUAAACCUUGUUUUGCCUUCAGAUCACUUACAAUAAGUUUUAAAAUCACUUUGAAAAAAAAGUCAUUACAAAUUUUAUUACCGCUUAUUAAGGGCAGCUGUUACCGUUGCGUGAUGACGUGAUCUGUCCUGUAGGCUAGAUCAGUUCAGAUUAAUCCAGGAUCGCAUCGUACUUGGCAAAAUCAUGAUGUGCUAAAUGCAUAUAUGCUCCACUACACCACUGAAAGGCAGGUUUAUGACCUAUACUGCAGCCAGCCACCAGGGGGCGAUUAACUUUUUUGGCUUCACUUUUCAAUAUUUAUUUCAUUGCGCAUACUCCGAAUACUCAGCAUGGAAAUGUGACUUGAGUUUGUUGUUUGGUACACAGGUUGGCCACAUCGUGACCUGUUAUGAAAAAGGAAUACAUUGAAAAACAAACUUCUAAAGCCCAAACCUGAAUCCAAAAAAUGUAUUGUUUUGAAUGUACUUAUUUUGAAUGAGUGAUUAUUUGAAUUGCAAAAAUGCUAAAAAUGUUCUAAAUUACUGCAGCAUAAAUGAAAUUCGGACGUACACCACAUUGUUACUGAUAAUGUAUGUACAGUAGUAGGCAACUUAUCAGUUUUAGAGGGAAACUGUGUUUUAUAUAUUACUUUUUACUCCAUACAUUUAUGCUGUCGUACAUGUAUGGAGUAUAUAUUUAAAGGCUAUGAGCAUUUGGUUGUACGUGUAGACUUGCAUCAAAUCGGAAGUUUACUUUGGACUUAAAAAUGCAGUAAAUUGUGACAGUAAUUAACGAUUAAAAUCAGUAUCUUAAUCCUGCAUUUUUUGCAUCAUAUUCAUAGAGCUGAUUAUUUAAAUGUCUUGAAAACUAUCAAAUAGAUGAAGCACUUUUGUAUAAUAACCGAAAAUGUACAAAAUAUUUGAUUGUAAUUUAUUUUGUAUCAUUUAGGACAUUUAUCAAAAUUUUCUUCAGCCAAACUACGGGAUCUACGGGAACUUGAUUUGCCAUCCACAAAAAAUACAGAUAUUAUCAGAAUUAUUUCAUGUAAAUUAGGCUGUGAAUUUAAAGGUGAGAUUUUUAACACUUUUGGCAUCCAGCAGUUACGAAACACUCAAACUAUUAAGUCCUGUCCAAACUUGUACCAUUCGUUGAGUCAAAACAUACUAAAGCGCAUCCAUGAGAUAUAUUAACUAGUCAAAUCAGUUAGAUAAAUAAAUAUUUUCAUAAAUAAAAGAUACUGAUAUGGCUACUGAGAACAAGCGUUUCUUCCCGCGCAGUAGUGUAAUUUGUCACGCGCUGUACUGCGGCUGCAAAGGCUGCCUUUUCAUUAAAAAAAAACAUUUCUGUGCUUUACACAAUAGCCACCAGAUGGCGCAAGGAACAACCACUUUUCCAUUGACUCAGUUGUCAUGCAUGUUUAGAUGCAUGUACAGUAUUUGUGUGAGAGAGUGCUCGAUUCAGCUCCGUCGAUGCCUCGAGUGGCUGGGUUUCUUUAUUUAUUUUGGAGAUAAUGUAUACAUUUGUAUUCACAUAUGAAUAGAAAGACAAAAAACUUUACUUACGUGUCCACUUUUGAGGACUCAACACAGUUUUAUAGAUCUAGAUAAAAUAGCCUAAGCGAUAUUGAAAUUAUUUAAAGAUAUACAAAUAUCGGAUAUAGUAAAAACAUGAAAUAAACCAAUAUAAAACAAACAAAAGCUAUAAUGAUUUAGGAAUAUACAUCAUAAUAUAAAUCAAUUAAACCGUUUUAAGCCAUUUUGAAUUUUAAUUUUACA